AUGCCGACCUCUUGCGGAUCUCUGCCAUCCAUGGAGGAAACGGGAGGAGAUGGAAAGCUAAAGCUAAAGAGCCUCGAUGGUGCAUAUGAUCCCAUCUGUGUGCUUACUGUUGCACCCGCCGAGUGUUCCUCCACCUGUCGCGGGCCAAGUUGGUCCUCUUGUCUUGCGCCUGCUCCGCAACAUGAGCCGGAUUUCAUUCCUGCUUACUCUCCGGUGAAGCCCGCCCGGCGGAACCCUAGCCCGGGACCGAAGAGACCCGAGAAGGGCAACGUCAUAAACCCUCCCUUCGCCUGGGCCACCGACCGCCGCGCCACCAUCCACACCCUCCGCCACUUGGUCUCCCGUGGCAUCACGGAGAUCCACGGCGAGUCGCAGUGCAAGCGGUGCGAGGCGCGCCGGGUGAUCAGGUACGAUUUGGUGGACAAGUUCGCCGCAGUCGCGGGCUUCUUCGGCGCCAACCAGCACCACAUGCACGACCGAGCGCCGUCCAAGUGGAUGCGCCCGACGUUCCCGGACUGCGAGGCCUGCGGGCAGCGUAACUGCGUGCGGCCGAUCUUGUCCGAGAAGAAGCGCGAGAUCAACUGGUUGUUCAUGCUGCUAGGGCAGACGCUGGGCUACUGCACGCACAAGCAACUCAAGUACUUCUGCAAGUACAGCGCGAACCAUCGCACCGGCGCCAAGAACCGGCUCGUCUAUCUCACCUAUCGCAGUCUCUGCAAGCAGCUCGAUCCUACCUUGCGCUUUUGA